UCUUUAUAUACUUUUUGUCGAUUUACCUUAUAUGCAGUUUUGACAUAUUCAUUAAAUAGAGCAUUAAGCUAUUAAUUUUCAUACCAAACUAAGGUUGAGUAAGACAAAUUAGUAAGGAAAGUAAACAGAACGGCCGUUUAAAUAAAGGAUUCUGUGACCCGAAGUUGAUUCAAAGCGGAAAAGUCUGUAUACAUUUUGUUGCCAUAGUGACGAUUAAUAAACAAAAUUAUGGCUUCGCUCAAACUGUAACGUUUGAUAAACAGUUAACAUUCAAGAGAGAAAUCUGCUAAUACUCACGCGAAAGGUGUUUAUUUUGAAUUAUGGAUUUUAAUAUUAUGGAUAAAUUACGUAUCCUGAAAAUCGAUACGGAAUUACGACCGCAAAUCAAAAUGAAGCCAAUGAGUCGGUAUUAUUUUAUUACUUCGACGAAUCCUGGAGAACAAUUCUUUGUAUUUGCUUCGACAGCCGCGUGGCUUAUAAGAAAAACUGGUAAAGACUUCGAACAGCCUAACGAAGAAGACGAUCCAAACUCGACUAUAGCAUCCAUUCUUGAAAUUUUACGCGAAAAAGAUAUUGCAGUUGACUUUUCAUCUCACAAGCUUAAACAAGGUUACGGUGAUCAAGUUUGCUAUAUUCUAAAUGCAUUGGCUGACGAGGCCAUGAAAGUAGAGAAAUUUGAAUGGGAGAAACCUAUUGUUAAUAUCCCUGACACAGAAGAAUCGGCAGAUGACGUGGAUCAAGUUGAAGACGAAACUGAAAUUAUUUUAGAUAAAAUAGAAGAAGAAAUGGGUAUUUAUUCGGACGAAUCAGAAGGCGAGGAUUACGGUAAUACAGAGGAAAAAGAACAAAAUAAUGUUACCAACAAAGUUCACGAUUGGGAAGCCUGGAAAUUAGAAUUAGAAAGAGUUGCUCCAGCGUUAAGGCUAAAGAUUUCAGCCGAUGGUCGUGAUUGGCGAGCUAGACAUGCUCAGAUGAGGUCUUAUCGAGAUGAGCUAUUCGAUAGAUUUAAAAUAACAGGUACGCAAUUAAAUAAACUUCACAGUAACAUUAGUUCUGUAAUGGAUAAAAUAACAGCAAGAGAGAACAUUUUAAAUGAGCAAUUCGAACCAAUAGUGAGAGAGUAUGGUACGCUUUUGGACGAAUUGAAUAAAGUAACCAAUGAAUACAAGGAAGCCAGUGUUGGCGUGACAGAGAGACAGGAAACUCUAAACGAGCUGACAGCUAAAGUAGAAAACAUAAAACAGAGGACGGAAUCGAAGGGAUCGUCGAUGAAUGACAACUCGCCAUUAUUAACCGCUAAGAAGGCUGUCGAAACUUUAAAAAAGGAUAUUCAGGAAUUAGAUUUCCAGAUUAUUAUUUUGCUCUGGCUGCUUAUAUCAAAAGAAAAUCCCAAAAGUAACAAUUACUUAGGAAGCGCUGAAUCAAGAAUGGUCAGUGCUGAAGCUUAUUAAAUAGAACAUCUAAUGUAUAGCUAGUUUUAUAUUUAAUAAAAUUGUCGAUUUCGAAUAAAUA